GAACCGAAGUCUAUCAUGGACAACAACCAAAGUCCGACAGACUUGACGCUGGAUGCGCUUAAAAGCGUUGUAUCGCAAGCUCUAUUGGGCAAAUUCACAGCUGUUUUUCCAAAGCUUUUCAAGUGCCAAUGGAAGACAUAUGAAGGUCAGAAGAAGUUUUUUGCAAAUUUCUCUGAAUCCGGCUGCAACAUGGCUAACCGUAAGUUUUGCGUUGGUGGAAACUGGAAGAUGAAUGGAGACCAGAAGACCAUUGCCGAGAUCUGCAAGACUCUGAGCGAUGCAUCUCUGGAUGCCAACACUGAGGUGGUCAUCGGCUGCCCGGCCAUCUAUCUGAUGUACGUCCGCAAUCUGCUGCCCUGCAGCAUCGGUGUCGCCGGACAGAAUGCCUACAAGGUGGCCAAGGGAGCCUUCACCGGCGAGAUUUCACCUGCCAUGCUGAAGGACAUUGGCGCCGAUUGGGUUAUUCUGGGACACUCGGAGCGUCGUGCCAUCUUCAAUGAAUCCGACGAUCUGAUUGCCGAGAAGGCGGAGCACGCAUUGGCCGAGGGCCUCAAGGUGAUUGCCUGCAUUGGCGAGACCCUCGAGGAGCGCGAGUCGGGCAAGACCAACGAGGUGGUUGCCCGCCAGAUGUGCGCCUAUGCCAAGAAGAUCAAGGACUGGAAGAACGUGGUCGUUGCCUACGAGCCCGUCUGGGCCAUUGGCACCGGCAAGACUGCCACACCCGACCAGGCCCAAGAGGUGCACGCCUUCCUGAGAAAGUGGCUGGUGGAUAACAUCUCCCAGGAUGUCUCCGAUUCCCUGCGCAUUCAAUACGGCGGCUCUGUGACCGCUGCCAAUGCCAAGGAGCUGGCCAAGAAGCCCGACAUCGAUGGCUUCCUUGUCGGUGGCGCCUCCCUGAAGCCCGAGUUCGUUGAGAUCAUCAAUGCCCGCAAGUAGAAACAGUCGCUGGACGUCAACUUGCUUGGGCUGAGAAAGCAGCUCCAAAACUGCCCAAAAGAAAGAAGAACUUGUUAACCGGAUGUGAAACUUGCAUUAAGCGCAAAUUAAAAUUUGUUGUCUAUCGAUUAGCGAUGCCACUCGAUAAUAG